AAGUGAAGAUGGCUGAAUUUAUCCUUGCUCCUAUUGUGGAUACCGCAAUAUCGAAGGUGAUUUCCUAUGGUUCCAAUCAGAGUGGAUUGGGUGCGGCUUACAAGCUGGAGCUGAGGAAGUCAGCUACUUAUUUACUCUCUAUAGUCCUUUGGUAUUUCGCCUCAGGAUGGCUGAUCAGAUUAAGGAUUUAAAUAGUGCUCUAGACAACUUGAAUGCAUCUGCUGCUAAUCUAGGACUUCAUUAUAGACUUGCAAACAAUACCCUUAAGUUAUUUGAACCUGCUAGGGAGCAGACAGGGUCCUUACGUUCUCUGCAUCAACCUCAGAUGGAUAGACAAUUUGUCCUAGGAAGAGAUGAUGACACUCUGAAAAUAGUUCAAUUGUUGAUUGACUCAAGUAAUCAACAACCUCUUUGUGUUAUUUCUAUUGUUGGUAUGGCUGGCAUUGGUAAGACUACUUUGGCAAAACUAGCUCACAACAAUCAUGAAGUGAGUAGACAUUAUAAGGAAAAAGUGUGGAUUUGUGUUUCUCAAAAUUUUGAUGUGAAACGGAUUUUAAAAGAGAUGCUGGACUCUCUUGACCCAACUUAUUGUGGGAAUGAAAGAAGUAUAGAUGCUCUAGUUCAAAAACUACAAGAAGUGUUGGGAGAGAAAAAUUUUCUUCUCAUACUAGAUGGUGUGUGCAAUGAGGAUAGGCAGAAAUGGGAACUUUUAAAGCGCUGUUUGUUGAAGAUAAGUCAAAAUGUUGGGAAUAAGGUUCUUGUCACAUGUCGAAUUAUGAGUGUAGCAAUAAUAAUGGGAUCACUUCCUCAACACAUGUAUGUUGUUAAGUUGUUAAGGAAGGAUAAAGCUGUGUCUAUUAUCGAACCUGGAGUAUUUCAAUGCUCUCCUGGGCAAUUGAAGGACAGGGAGCAUAUUGUACAGGACAUUGCUCAUGGAUGUAGAGGUUUUCCCUUAGUUGUAUCUAUUGUUGAGGGGAUUCUAUGCAAUAACAUGGAUAUAGAUAGCUGGUUAUCAACUAAAGAGAUUCUCCAAGCAUGGCAUUCUUAUCAAGAAUUGCAUGACGUACUUUAUCGUUUAUUGCAAUUGACUUUUGAUCGCCUACCUGGACUGGCUUUAAAACAAUGUUUUGCAUACUGUUCCAUUUUUCCGAAGGAUUCUGUGAUGGAAAAGGAAAUGUUAAUUCAACUUUGGAUGGCUCAAGGAUUUCUCCAGCCGUCAGAAGAAAGCUCCGAGGAGAUGGAAGACAUCGGUGACAAGUACUUCAAUUGCUUGUUAUCAUAUUCCCUAUUCCAAGAUGAAGAAAGGGAUUUUCACAGGCAUAUUGUACGUUGCAAGAUGCAUGAUUUAAUACAUGAUGUUGCACAAUCUAUCUCAAAGUUUGAAACGUUGAUUUUAGAGAAUGGCAGUGCAAGUAAUAUCCCUAAUAUCCGGCAUUUGAAUCUAAUUUCUUAUGAAAAUAUGGGGCCUUCAAAGUCAAGGGAUCUGUACUCUUUGUUUUCAAAGGUUGAUGUGCGUCCCAAUGUACCAGUAAACUUCAAAAGGUUGCUGGUUCUUAGCUUUUGUGGUGCUGAUAUUGACAAGUUACCGACUUCAUUGGGCAAAUUGAAGCGUUUGAGAUACUUGGACGUUUCAGAAACAAAAAUAAAAAAAUUGCCCAAAUUUAUCUCCAAGCUCUAUAAUUUGCAAACCUUCAGAUUUAGGAGUUGCAACAGUCUUAGAAAGCCUCCUGAAAUUGGAGAUUUGAUCAGUUUGAGACAUAUUUACUUCAAUGAUAAAAAGCAUAUGCCAACAUCGAUUGGUAGAUUGACUUGUUUGCAAACAUUGCCAUUAUUUGUUGUGGGCCUGCAGAAGGGACAUGGAAUUGAAGAAUUGGGAUGCUUGAGCCAACUCAAAGGAAAACUAGAGAUAUGUAAUCUAGAGAAUGUUAGAGACAAAUCUACAGCCAUGAGAGCACAAUUGCUAGAAAAGAGUGCAGUUUACGAUUUGGAAUUUGAGUGGGAAUAUUGCUCAGAAGAAAGAAGCAAACAGAAUGAAGAUGUUUUUGAAGGCCUUGUACCUCCCUCAAAUGUGAAAAGCCUAACUAUUAAGGGUUAUGGUGGUGAAAACUGUCCUUCAUGGAUGGUUGACGAAGAUCAUUUGUUCAGCAAUUUGGUGAUGCUGUCACUUCUAAAUUGUCACAAUUUGAGAAGCAUUCCUUCAUUUCGGCUUGGGAAUUUGGUGAAGUUGAGAUUUUCUUUCUGUGGAAACUUGGAAAGCAUUCAAUCAGUUUCACUUAGUCGUGAGGCAGGACUGGUAAUUGAUAAUUGCAGGAAUUUGAAAACCAUUGCAGUUUCAUCUCUUCAGGAGCUCAGGAUUGAUAAUUGUGAUGAACUGACAAGUAUAGAGUUUAAUACAUCUGCCAUGGAGUCUCUUAAAGAAGUAAAUAUAGAGAGCUGUGCUAAGUUGAGAAGUCUUCCGGUGGUUUGUGAAUUAGCAACCCUCCAGAUACUCCACAUUUGGGACUGUCAGGAAUUGAGUAGUAUAGGGGAGAGCUUGUCGAUGUCCACAAAUCUCAAAGAGUUGAUGAUAAGGAAGUGUCCCAGUCUGAUGUCUGUUCCAAGCAUACACGGGCUUUCACUUCUUCAUACUUUAUCUAUACAAGAAUGUGAUGGACUAACAAGUCUACCAAGUGGGUUGCCGUCUUGCAUUGCUCUUGAGCAGUUGAUAAUACAUGGCAAUAAUCUCAACUCUAAUCUAGAGGAUUUGAAUGAAUUGUGUUGUCUUGUUCAUUUAGACAUUUCAAGAUGUAGAAACUUGAUAAGCAUCCCCGGGGAAAGCCUUGGCAGCCUUGCUUGCUUGAAGAUAUUGUGUAUUGGUGGCUUCUCAGAAGAGCUAGAGGAAUUCCCGGUUCUCAGUUCCAUUUCUCACCCCAAACCCUCACUGGAGAAUUUGACUAUGAUUGGAUGGGAGAACCUAAGGGAUCUACCCCAUCAAAUUCGACACCUAACUCACCUGAGGGAGCUGAGAAUAAAAGAUUUCCAUGGAGUGGAAGCUUUGCCAGACUGGUUGGGAGACUUAACCUCUCUUCAAACUCUGAGGAUUAUUGACUGCAAGUCUCUGAAACAUAUGCCAUCAUUGGAAGCCAUGCAUCACCUGUCCAACUUAUAUUUCCUUCGCAUUGAUAACUGCCCUGAGUUAAAAGUAAGAUGCGACAGAGAAGGCAGUUCUGAGUGGCCCAAGAUUUCUCACAUUAUAAGUAUCAUAAUAAACUGACACUGGAGACGAGCUUCCAACGAGGAAAAUGGUCAAGGAAGCAUGGAAGAAGCGUUGGAAGUGGAAGCCAAAAAUCGAUGGUCACAAGCAGAAAACUAAAAGAAUGUUCAGACUUGCGAAGCAUCAAGGCUUGGCAGCCACCUUAUUUUGUUUCCAAGGUAGAGCAACAGACCUCUGGAUCUUCAAAAAUAGCCUACAAGGAAUCAGUUUCAACUUUCAAGCAUAACCUUUCGAAAGAUCUUCUUUAGCAAGUAACAAGACCUGUUCUCAUGGCCCAUAAUUCUACUGAGGUUAAGUUGAUGAUGCAAAUGUUAGCAGAAAAGACAGAGCCAAGCACCAAACAUGAAUUUAGGUGAUAUGGAUCUAGAAGAGAGUGUAUACUUGUAUUUCUGUAUGUGUGUAAGGAAUUGGCAGGGGGAAACACCUACGACCUCCUCCACAAAAUUGACAACAACAAUUAGUAAAUGGAAGAGCAGAAAGUUGUUCUCACCAAUGGAAAGAACUAUUCUGUAUGUUAUUGAAGAUGCUCAACUUGAGUCAGCUUAGAGGACAUCUCUAAUUCCUUUAGCAGGCAAGCUUGGAUGAAAGCAAUGAAGAAUUAGUGAUCACACAAAACCAACCGACAGUGGAACUUGAGUCGACCACGACAAACCUAGUACAUACAAUAAGUGGAUAUUCCGACGAGUGAUGAGGAGGAGCAAUGAUACAACAAGUGGAGUAAUCUGUUCAAGAUCAAUUGGGGCAAGUGGUAGAUACCGUAGUACAUACAGAAAAAUCCAGCCCCACAUGUGAACAUAGUGAAAAUCCCUCAUUUCAAUGCCCUAGCUAUAGCUACACCUACAGCAAAGUUGGAAUGUGCAACAAGUGAAGCGAGCUUCUAAGUGAGAGCUAAAGGGGCUUGGCACAAAGCUUAGAGGUGUGUACUUCAUAGGGAGGGUCCAUAGGGUGAUAAAAUUGUGACUAUUUAUGAUUACAAUCAUAUUUUAAGAGAAUAGGGAACACCAAGUGAAGUAUUAAAAUGUGUACUCUAUAUAAUUUUAUUACAUGAUGAAACGUCUUUUAAAUUACACUGCUUGUUAUAUUUUGUCAGACCGGCAAAGCCGCCUCCGUCACUUAUCAUUACCAUUGGUUGACAAAGCCGCCUCUGUCCCCAUUUUUGUUAUUGUUCUUGGGUGUUGUUUCCAGAAACUAUUCACGAUACUGCACCAUUUUUUGGCCACCAGAUGCAGUUAAACCUUAAUGCAGAUAAGGUAGAAAUGUGUGCAAGACAAGGUUAAGAUUUAUUAAUUAAUGUUGUCUUAAGUU